AUGGGUGACCCAACGCUUCAAGGCCGCAAGGUCUUCAAGGUCUUCAACCAGGACUUCAUCGUUGACGAGAGAUACACGGUGACGAAGGAGCUAGGGCAGGGUGCGUACGGUAUUGUGUGCGCCGCGACCAACAACCAGACGAAUGAGGGUGUUGCGAUCAAGAAGAUCACCAAUGUCUUCAGCAAAAAGAUUCUGGCGAAGCGCGCCUUGAGAGAGAUCAAGCUGCUGCAGCACUUCAGAGGGCACAGGAACAUUACAUGCCUAUAUGACAUGGACAUUCCGAGACCACAGAAUUUCAACGAGGCAUAUCUAUAUGAAGGUGAGCAUUGAACAUCUUGUUGAGGCCUCCAGUCCAUGUCUCGCAGGAUCUUCGACGGGCACUACUGAUCAUGAUUCAUGUAGAGCUUAUGGAGUGCGAUCUGGCCGCCAUCAUCCGCUCCGGGCAGCCUCUGACUGAUGCUCACUUCCAAUCAUUCGUUUACCAAAUUCUUUGUGGCUUGAAGUACAUCCACAGCGCUAACGUCCUUCAUCGCGACUUGAAGCCCGGUAAUCUCCUCGUGAACGCCGACUGCGAGCUCAAGAUCGCCGACUUUGGACUUGCGCGAGGUUUCAGCGUGGACCCGGAGGAGAAUGCUGGAUACAUGACUGAAUAUGUUGCAACGAGAUGGUACCGAGCGCCAGAGAUUAUGUUGAGCUUCCAGAGCUACACGAAAGCCAGUAUGUGGAGAGAAGCGCGUGCGUAUCGGAUAAGCUGCUAAUAGUCCUCACAGUCGAUGUUUGGUCCGUGGGCUGUAUUCUCGCCGAGCUGCUGGGCAGCAAACCAUUCUUCAAGGGCCGUGACUACGUUGACCAACUCAACCAAAUCUUGCAUUACCUCGGAACGCCAUCCGAAUCAACCCUCUCCCGCAUUGGCUCGCCACGUGCUCAGGAGUACGUGCGCAAUUUGCCUUAUAUGUCAAAGAUACCGUUCCAGCAGCUCUUCCCCCGAGCAAACCCGGAUGCUCUCGACCUUCUGGACCGCAUGCUCGCGUUCGAUCCCAGUGAGCGCGUUGGAGUCGAGGAGGCUUUGGAGCAUCGCUAUCUCGCUAUCUGGCACGAUGCUUCGGAUGAGCCCGCUUGCCCUACCACCUUCGAUUUCAGCUUUGAGACGGCCGAGGACAUUCCUGAGUUGCGCCAGAUGAUUCUAGACGAGGUAAAGCAGUUCCGUCAUGCUGUUCGUGCUCCACAGCAUACACAGUACUCGCAGCAGCAGAUAGCAAACCAAACCCAAGUGCCCAUCCCCGAGGGCUACGACCCACGUGCAUAUGAGGAUCCAAGGCCGCAGGAGACUUUUGCCGGUCGUGGACAAGACCUGGAGAGAGAACUGCAGGGUGGACUGGAUGCUAUGCACCACUAA